GCUACAACAAAGUGCUGUCUUGGUAGAGUAUUCGAUAGAAGAAUGAUCGAGUACGAAUGUUGAAUAUUUGGGUCAAUGCUAUAGGAUAGAAGAGGCCCGCUAUCACCAAAAUCACCUAACGGGAGUCCAUCCGGAUCUGAAGACGUCAAAUCUUACCCAAAAAUCUUGCGCUCACGCUGUCCAGCGGUCUCAAGUGACAUCCUCACCAAAGACGUCCGGGAGCGCGCAAUGCCAACCAAAGCAGACGAAAGGACACCCCUCCUUCAAUUCCCCGGCCUAUACGGCAACAAUGGCUCCACAUUAUCACCACCGUCCCAACCUCUGGGAGACCAGUACGAGCAAUUCUGUCGCCUCGUGGGCAUCCGACCGACCAACCUCCCUCCCGGUCAAAAGUUCACUUCGAACAAGGAAUCGCUCUAUGCUCGCGCCAUGGCCCACCGUAGGAACCAAGGCGCCAUCUACGCCUUUACCGCCACGUUCGUCAAUUCCCUCCUGCUAUCCCAAGUCGUGCUCGGAGCCGCUUUGACAGCGCUGGGAGCAUCGGAUUCAAGCCGAGUCCUGAUCACCGUCUUUGGAGCCUUAAACACGGUCAUCGCCGGUCUGAUCGCCUUCCUCAAAUCCCGCGGCCAACCCGUGCGCGCCCGCAUGUUCCGCGACGACCUGGAGCGCGUGGUGGACGAGAUCGACAACUCCGCCACCAUGUGGUACGGCAUCAGCCGCAACGCGCACGGCUACGACGCCAUCGACACCAACGACCAGGUCACCGUGCGCAGCGAAGUCGCCCGCCUCACCCGCCUCUACGACCGCGCGGUCAAGACGAACACGAUGAACGAUCCGGAUAACUACUCCGCCGGCGCGCCGGGGGAUCCGUGGAAUGCGGCGCUCCGCGCCCGGCCGGCGCAGCAGGGGGGGUUGCCGCCGGGGGUGCCGGUGCCCGUGGUGCCGGAUGCGCAGGCCCCGGCCGCGGCGGGGCAUGCUCCUGUGCCGCAGAUUGCUCCGCCCGUGGCCGACCCGGAUGAGGCGCCGGCUACUAAGGCGCCGGAGCCGCCGAAGCCGAAGGUGCCGGAUCCGCCGAAAGAGGAACCUCCGAAAGCUGCUGAGAAGCCGAAGGAGGCUCCACCUGCGGCGGAGAGCUCGACGGACGCUGGUCCGGCUGCCUCGCAGCAGGCUGAUGCCAAACCUGCGCCUGUCCCUACCGGCAUGGAUGACGCCAAGACUUCGGCCCCCGAAAGCUCAGCUGGAGCGCAGUCAAGCAACAACGCGACGAACCCUGGCGGGCCGUCGACCGCUACGAAGACGAUUGAUCAGCAGCCCGCGAUGCAGGGCAACUUACCGGAGAAGCAUAGCGAGGAUACUUCGAAGUAAGCGGAGGAUGGGGAGAAAGUGAAUCGGUAAGUGAGGAAUGGUUCGGUUGAAGCGAGUGGAAUUGAUCUAGCAUAUGAGCGGAGAGCUAUAUACCCUUAUUGCGGGCGUGUGUGUUGUGAUUGGGUUACAGAGCGGAAAUCUGGACAGGUCGUGGCUUUAUCCAAUAUGUUCCCUUGCCAAUGACGCAGCUUUGGUUGCAUCUCUUGGAUUGCCCGCUUGCCUCCACUGCAACGUGCUGUAAGGAUAGCCGAUCACCCGAUUACGUACUCUCGUCCGUGCAGCUCCUUUAGGAGCGACCAGGACAACAUGAACGCCACAUUCAAUCCCUGCGGCGGAGCCACUGCUACCUUCUCUCACAGAAGUGACACACCCACCACCCUCGUAUGGAAGGUGCUCCUUGC